AUGUGGGCGGUACUUUUAUUUAUGUUCAUCAUUCUCUUUGUAGCAAUUUCUAUCGCAUUAAAUCAGUUUACAAACCCUCUUAAGACACGGUGGUAUGUGACUUUGUUUGUCUUUAUUGGGUGGGGUCUUUCUUUUUCCAUCCCAUUGUUGUUGCCAAUCGACAUUUCUUCUAGUUUAUAUGACAAAUGCCUUGAGUCGGGGAGUAAUAUAUGUGAUGAACCCUUUACUUAUGUGGAUCACAAGACGUUAGUGAUCUUAUGGAAUUGUCUAUAUUGGUUUACCACUCUUUUAUGUUGGACUGCAAUUCCAUUUCUUCAGUCGUAUUGUUCAGCUGGUGACUUUCACAUCAUCGAACGUGUCAAGUCUUCCCUUCGUGAGAACAUCAUCUUUUAUUUAGUUGUAGGGUUUGUGUGUGGGAUCUUUUUAGUGAUGUUUUUGAUAUGGAAUGAGAAUGGUGAUUGGUAUGGGAUAGCUAUAGCUGCAUCUAAUGCGUGGGGAUUAAUGAUGGUUAUAGGGAUGAUGGGAUAUGGGAUAGUAGCUGUACCAAUGCGUUUAGUAAAGAACAUUUCCACGCAGCAUCAUCUUAAUUCGUUAUAUGAAAGAAUCUAUGAUUUAGUAGAAGAGCAUGAAGAAGAAGAGUUAGUUCUUUCCGAAUUAAUAACAAUAGUAAAAAAAGCAGAUAAAGUCAUUCCCAUUAAUGAUCCGAUUCGGAGGUGUGUAGUUACUAUCAUUGACAAAAUUGAACCGACUCGCUAUGAAUUAACUGAACCGGCACGAGACUUUUUAAAGUCGUAUGAGAAUUUAGCCGAGUUACACGCGAAUGUCACUUCACAAGUAUUAAAAGUGAAGCAAUUGUUUUAUACAUUACAUUCUUAUAUCAAUUAUAGCUUUAAUUAUCUUUAUAGGAUAUUCUUUACUAAUCUUUGGAAGUGA